AAACUGGUGACUGAAGAUUACGUGGUGAAGUUAGUUAGCCAGCUGCUAGCCUCGACAAAACGACCACACACAGAUGUAACGCCUGGAGAAAUAUUUGCAUUAACCGUGAUUUCCAUUACAAUGAACCUCAGUUCUGUCAGAGUGUAUGGAGUUUUUACGGGUCAAGGCGGCAGAGAGUAACACCAGAAUGAGAUCUGCAUAUGCCAUGGAUAUAAGCCGGUCUGCUUUCCGAGGACCCUAAAGUGUCUCAUUGACGGUUGGAGAGACAUUCAAAUCAUUGCUUCACACACACAGCUAAACGCAGCAUCUAGACUACAGAGAUGUUCGCAAAGUUGAAGAAGAAGCUGGCAGAGGAGGCCGCCACUGCCCCGCGCUCCGGCCGCAUCCCUCGCUCCAUGAGCAAGGAGUCCAUCACGUCUGUGGGCGCAGAUUCAGGCGAUGACUUUGCAUCUGAUGGCAGCAGCUCCAGAGAUGAUGUUUCUUCUCAGAUUCAGCGCAGAAACGAUCAGAUACGAAAGCUGGAGGCCAAACUCUCAGACUACGCUGAGCAGUUUCGGCUAAUGCAGAAGACCAAGGAGAAGCUUGAGAUUGCAUUAGAGAAGUAUCAGGAUUCAUCCAUGCGCAAAUUUCAGGACCAGAAUGAAACUUUCCAGUCCAACAGAGCCAAGAUGGCAGAGGGCAUGGCCUUAGCAUUAGAGAAGAAGGACCAGGAGUGGAUGGAAAAGCUAACUAUUCUGGAACAGGAGAAGUUGUCACUGGCAGCCCGGCUAGAUGAGAUGACGGAGCAGAGUUUAGGUCUGUUCCAGAAGAGAGAUGACUUGGAUGAGCUGGAGGGCUUUCAGCAGCAGGAACUGGCCAAAGUCAAACACAUGCUGCUGAGGCGAGAGGAACAACUGAGUCAGCGGGAGAGAGAGCUCAAACUGAGAGGAGAGGAGCUGAACACAGCGAGACUGACCCUGAGCCAAACCCAAGACAAGCUGUAUGAGCUGGGAGAGGAACACGAGGAGAUGUGCAGGAUCAACUCACAGCUACAGGCCCAAAGGGAUGAGUUGUUGAAUGAGAGAACAGAUGCUGAAAGGAGGGUUGUGGCUCUGGAGAGGAGAGAGCAGGAGUUACAGCGCCUGAUCCAGCAGGUGUCGGAGGAUUUCCAGAAGGUGGCAGUGACAGAGGAGGAGCGAGAGCGUGUAAUGGCUGAUUUGCAGGAGAAGGCUGCUUCCUUAGAAAGGAGAUUAGAAGCGAACUUCUCUCUGGAUGAGCACCUACAGGAACUGCUCAAAGAGAAGUCUUCAUUGGAGCAGAGGUUAGAGGGGGCCAGAGGAGAGUUACUGGAGGAGAGAACAAAUCACACCACUGCAGUCACUUCACUGGAGGCCCAGGUAAACCCCAUUAUGUUGCUGACCAGUAUAACAUUUGUGUGCCAUAUUUGUCUGUUACAGGCAGAGUUGAUCAGCAGACAGACAGUAAGCGUUGAAAUUGCCAAAGCUCUGGAGGAAACCAGAAAACAGAGAGAAGAACUCCAACAACAGGUCGGCAAAAUGACAGAGUCUCUUGAGAAGGCGGAACAGGAAGUGAGUCGUCUUUCUCAGGAUUUAGGAGCAAAGGAGGAGGAACUACACACGCUGAAGGAAGAGCUGCGGGCGGUCCGUAGCAGUCUGUCUACUCUGCAGGCUGAGUGUGAGUCUUGUCGUUUGGAGGCUGAGGAGAGAGAGCGAGAACACAACUCUCAGCUGACGUCACUGCAGCAGGAAGUCCUCACAAAAACACAACAACUCUCUUCAUACCAAUCACGGGUGUCUGAUCUGGAGGGUGAGGUGUUGAGUUUAACAGCACAGUCACAUGCAGAUGAGUGUGAUGGUGAGCAGAACGGGACGCUUACUGUAAGUGAUCUUGACCAGUUGCAAAAGGUCAAUAAAGACCUGGAGCAACAACUGGCCGAAAAGAACAAGACAAUAAAGCAGCUACAGCAGAGGCUUGCAGAACUCAAGAGGACACUGCAGAAAGAGCUGAAACUGAAGCCAGAUCCUGACUCUGAGAUGAAGGAGAGACUCCAGGAAGGCAGGCAGGAGAGAUCAGCUGAUAAGACGGUCUCAGAGACACAGAUGCCCGCCACAGCUCCAACCUCAGCUCCAGGACUCCCUCAAACUUCAGGCCCACCUCCCAUCACCUCCAACACCACAGUCACCAACAGUUCAGACCUCACAGACACAAGAGAGAUCAACUUUGAGUACCUCAAACACGUGGUGCUGAAGUUCAUGUCCUGCAGAGAGGCAGAGGCUUUCCAGCUCAUCAGAGCCAUUUCUGUACUUCUGCAUUUCACAAAAGAAGAAGAGGACAUGCUCAAACAGACACUGGAGUACAAGAUGUCAUGGUUUGGUUCCAAGCCCACACCCAAAGGUAUCAUACGGCCUUCCAUCUCAGGAACCUCUAGUUGGAGCUGAGAGACAAAUACUCUGAAAAAAAGUGAAAUAGUGAAUGAUCUCAGUAGAAAACUACUGACGUCUGGAGGGAGCAAUUGCCGACUCCGCAGUUUCAGUCUCUGCCUCAACAGUUCCUAUGUAGCUCAUGCCCUUUAAACAAUGGGACACAAAACAACUCUCUCCAUUUUUCACUAAAAUAUUGCAGGGACUGGAAACAAAUGCUUUAUCAACAUCUUUUCGUGACUGGGGAAUUUCAUCUUUUAAGUAAUGGUUAAAAGGCAUCAUCCGUCUCAUUCAUAUCCUCCGUAGUUUCUACAACUGCUGUUUCCAACAUCCUUCAACUGGAAAAGGAUGGAAAACGAUUCUUAUUUUCAUUUACUUUUUUUGGAACUCCAAUCUGAGCUCCUUGAAAUCACGGUUGGGGGAAUCAUAUGCGCUGCUCUAUUUCAGUGGUCCUCAUAUAGACAACAAACGCAUGCCCUUUUCCUCCAAUACCGGACGUCAGUGAAAAUCAGGAAUGGGAUUUCACAUACUGUUGUGAUUUUGAAUAUGUGGAAGCAUCUUUCUUUAAUCUGCCUUGUUUAUGUGUAAAUUACAGUUACGUACAUUCCAUACAAGUAUUUAUAUAUGAAUACCUGUAUAUAAGUGAUGAGGAUUUAUAAAUCAGUGGAUACAUACCUUAAGGUUUUUUUCUUUUGUCAUCAUACACAUGCAUUAGUCUCAAAACUGUGAUCAUAUGAGUGUGUAUGUGCGUAUAUGCGUGCGAGAUUCUUCACUGUGGGCUUGAAACUGUAAUAUAAAGGCAUAUAUGCACAGACUGAGGAAACAAGCAUGCAUGCCUUAUACCGAAUGCUUUGAUUGGACUUUGGUUUUGAGUGUAUACUGAAGCAUUUGAGUACACUUGAAGCCUUAACAUUCAAGGCUAACUGCAUUUCUAUUUCUCUGAGAACAUGUCAAAAGAAACAUCUCUCCUUUUUCCCUGUGAAAACAAAGUGGUUUUGAGUCAGAGCCAGUGUUUUGCUGUCAGAACAAUGUAAUUUUGUGUGUUUUAACACUUCAAGGCCACAUCAGCACUAAGGUUAACACUCUGAAUGACACUCUUCUGGUAAAAAUAGCUGAAUAUCUCUGCGGUAUGAUUAACGUGUUACCUGUUUUUAGAAAAAGAAUCCCAAAGAUUUCUGUUUUAUGUAAAGACUGAUAGAACUCCUAUUAUGAAGUUUGAAUCAGUCGAUUCUGAGAAUUUGUUUUGCCGUAAAUGAAGGUUCUCUGGAAAAUGCAGAUAAAUGGCCUGUGUAUGAACCGCUUCGGAAUGAGAUUUUUAUAGAAAGAUCCAAAAUGCACUUUUCUACAACUGUAUUCAUGUUUUGGUUGAUGUUAUGAUACUGUAGCCGUCACAGUAUCCAUUGCAUCUGCUUUCAGCAAAAUACCACUACAUCCGUACUUUGGUUUCACUUCAUGGUAUGUCAGGAAUAUCAAAACUUGACAAAAAUUAAAAUCUUUCU